AUGGAAGACACGCAAAUGACCGACGAUGCCCCCAACCUCGCCCUCGAGACCCCGACUUCCAACGUCUUCAUCCCACCCUCGGUCCACCGAGACGCCCUCCUGCGCGGCGAGACCUUCUCCCACUACUCGCCCGUCCCACCGUCGCUGCUGCCCUCGACAACCUCCCCGUCGUCAGACACAGCGGCCUCGGCCGCCGCCCCGCCCCAAGGCCCGCCCUGCUGCCUGGGCGUCGACGAGGCCGGCCGCGGGCCCGUCCUGGGGCCCAUGGUCUACGGGGUCUUCUACCUGCCGCUGCCGCUGUCGGACCCGCUGCUGAAGACGGCGCACCACUUCGACGACAGCAAGGUGCUGACGCCGGCGGUGCGGUCGGGGCUGAUGCGCUCGCUGUGCACGGCGGGGACGGACCUGCACUCGGCGUGCGGGUGGGCGACGGCGAGCCUGAGCGCGCGCGACAUCGGGGCGCACAUGCUGCGGCCCUCGACGGCGGCGGCGUACAAUCUCAACGCGCAGGCCAUGGACGCGACGGCCGAGCUGAUCCGCGGGGUGCUGGCGCGCGGCGUCAACGUGCGCGAGAUCUACGUCGACACCAUCGGCCAGCCCGCCGCCUACCAGAAGCGCCUCGAGCGCCUCUUCCCCACCCUCCACAUCACCGUCGCCAAGAAGGCCGACAGCCUGUACCCGUGCGUCAGUGCCGCCAGCGUGUGCGCCAAGGUCACGCGCGACGCCGCGCUCGAGUGCCUGUACGAGGCGCGGGCCGCGCAGCUCGGCGACGGCGGCGAGGGGGAGGGCCAGGAGGACGGGGCCGAGAAGGACGGCAUGGCCUGGGGCUCGGGGUACCCCUCGGAUGCGCGAUGUGUUGGCUGGAUGAGGCAGAACAUGCACCCCGUCUUUGGCUGGGGUCCCGAAUGCAGGUUCAGUUGGGGCACGGCAAAGGACAUGCUGGAGGGUAAGGGGGGUGUCAAGGUGGACUGGCCCAUGGACGAGGAGGAGGGCACGAGCCGGGUGACAGACUUCUUCGUCGACAGUGGAAGUAGGGAGAAGGACGCCGACGAGCUGGGUACCUGGUUUGGGACGCCUGUAGGGCUGGAGGCCUUCUAG